AGUCUUCACAAUCACACAACAUAUCCACAAAACACAACUUUCAUAAACAAAAAAUAUAGAAAUGGCGAAAGACGUGGAAGGACCUGAGGGGUUUCAGACGAGAGACUACGAAGAUCCGCCACCAACUCCGUUUUUCGACGCGGAGGAGCUUACCAAGUGGUCUUUAUACAGAGCAGUCAUCGCUGAGUUCGUAGCUACUCUCCUAUUCUUGUACGUCACCGUUUUGACUGUUAUCGGUUACAAGAUUCAGUCCGACAAAACCGCCGGCGGAGUGGACUGUGGCGGCGUCGGAAUUCUUGGCAUCGCGUGGGCUUUUGGUGGCAUGAUCUUUAUUCUUGUCUACUGCACCGCUGGUAUCUCAGGUGGUCACAUAAACCCGGCGGUGACGUUUGGUUUGUUCUUGGCACGGAAGGUGUCGCUGAUUAGGGCGGUGCUCUACAUGGUGGCUCAGUGUUUGGGUGCUAUUUGUGGAGUUGGGUUUGUGAAGGCUUUUCAAAGUUCUUACUACGUUCGUUACGGUGGAGGAGCUAACUCUCUAGCCGACGGUUACAACACAGGCACCGGACUCGCCGCAGAGAUCAUAGGAACAUUCGUGCUCGUCUACACAGUCUUCUCUGCCACUGAUCCCAAACGCAACGCUAGAGACUCCCACGUUCCGGUGUUGGCGCCACUUCCGAUUGGGUUUGCUGUGUUUAUGGUACAUUUGGCCACUAUUCCGAUCACCGGAACCGGUAUCAACCCGGCUAGGAGUUUCGGAGCUGCCGUAAUCUUUAACGAGAGCAAGCCAUGGGAUGACCACUGGAUUUUCUGGGUAGGACCAUUCAUUGGAGCUGCAAUAGCUGCAUUUUAUCACCAAUUUGUCCUCAGGGCCUCAGGUUCCAAGUCCCUCGGAUCCUUCAGAAGUGCAGCCAACGUCUGAGUUUAAGCCACAAAAAACAACAAUCAUAAUAACAACAAUUAUAAAAUGAUUGUGUUAUUAUGUAUGUAUGUACAAAAAAUUGGCAACUUUGCUUGUAAAACUAUGCCCUGUUUUCUUAUUUUGUUUUUUCUGCUUUCAUUGUGGUGUAAUACUUUGAUAUGUGCCAAUGCCAAGGUUUGUGUACUCUGGUAAAACAAUUAAUGAAACCAAAUUGUUUUG